AUGGACGGCAUCGACGUUGACUGGGAAUACCCCAACACCCCGGCACUCAAUAAGCAGUGUGUCAUUCUUUUCCAGGAGCUUCGCCAGGCGCUCGACGAAUACUCGGCCAAGCACGCCAACGGGUAUCACUUCCUUCUUACCUUUGCCGCUCCCGCUGGCCCUCAGAAUUAUGGGGCGUUUGACUUUGCGGCCAUGGACAAGAACCUCGACUACUGGUCGCUGAUGGCUUAUGACUUUGCUGGUAGCUGGGACAACACCACCGGCCAUGCCUCCAACGUCUUCCCCAACCCUUUCAACCCUACCUCGACAAAGUUCAGCAUCAACAAGGCCCUUGAUGACUACAUCAAGGGCGGUGUCGCCCCCGGCAAGUUCAACCUCGGCAUCCCACUGUACGGCCGUGGCUUCAACAACACCGAUGGUAUGGGAAAGCCGUACCACGGCGUCCCCGUCGACUCGCUCGGAAACCAGGGCACCUUGACGUACAAAUACCUUCCCCUCCCCGGCGCUAAGGUUGAGUUUGAUCCCAUCGCUCAGGGAACGUACAGCUAUGACAGCAAGACGAGGCAGCUUUAUUCUUUUGAUGAUAUCAAGAGCGCCGGCGUCAAGACAGACUACCUCCAGUUCCGAGGCCUCGGAGGUGCCAUGUACUGGGAGGCUUCGGGUGACAAGACGGGCGACGAGAGCAUCGUGUCUUACGUCGCCAAGAAGAUUGGGCUGGAGAAGUCCCAGAACUUGGUGUGGUACCCCGUGUCUCAGUAUGACAACAUUCGUGGGAACCUGGGCCAGGCAGUUGCAAAGCAGUCGUAG